AUGUCAAAUCCAAAAUUUCCAUCAAAUUGUCCAAUGCAUAAUGAAAAACCAGAUGGCACAACAAAAAAUGAUAAUAAAUCAUCAUGUCCAAUAACGCAUUCAGGCGACGCACUCUCGCCUGAAAAUCAAAUACCAACAAACCUUGGUCAUUUACCGGCGCCAGGUCAGCAAAUACCAUUACCGACUCAUCGUCUCACAUCUUCAAUCCCAAAAGCUUAUAGUGCAGAAUAUUGGGAAUACCCAUCACCACAACAAUUUUAUAACGCUUUAGUAAGAAAAGGAUGGGAGACUCCGGAGGAUAGUGUUGAGACAAUGGUUGAUAUACAUAAUUUUUUGAAUGAAGCUGCUUGGAACGAAAUACUUAAAUGGGAAAGUACGAAAAAAUGUAAAUGUGGUGAUCCAAAAUUGUUAAGAUUUCGUGGUAGACCACACGAAUUAAGUCCCAAAGCUAGAAUGUUACAAUGGGCAGGGAAGAUAUUUUCAUUCAUGGGAACGCCACCGCCAUUUGAUCGUCAUGAUUGGACUAUUGAUAGAUGCGGUAAGGAAGUGCGGUAUGUGAUUGAUUAUUACUCUGGACCUGAUGAAGGAGAUACUCCUAUAUUCUAUUUGGAUGUUAGACCAGCUUUAGAUUCAAUAGAAAGUGUUGUUGAUAGAAUUAAAUUUGCUACAAAAGAAACAUUUCAAAAAUAUAAAAAUCAAAUUAAUAAUAAUACAUCAAGAAUGGAUAAUAAAAAAGACAACAAAGAAAAACAAAAACUUAAUAAUCUAAGAAAAACCUUUCAGCCUUUAAAUAAACUACGCAAAAGAGAACUCAGAAAAUUCAUCCAAAACACUAACACCUAUCAGUAUAACAAUAAUAGCAGUGUCAACAAUAAAUCGGCAAGUAUAUCUACUUCACCAUCUCACUUCACUCAACCAAUUACAUAUUAUGGUAAAUCGAUAAAGUCCAGAAUACCAACAACUGACCUAGCAAGUUUAAAAAAAGAAUUACAAUCAAUCAAUUCCUCAUCCUUAAUAAAAAGAAGAAACUUUGGUACUUUAUUUAAUGAGGUGGAGGGAGAUCGUGAAGAGAUUGAGUUGAGUAUGAAAGAGAUACGAGAAGGUUUUUCCAAGCGCGAUGAAUCGAUAAUGGACAUGGAACCAAGAAGAUCUGUUAAUUUAAAACCUUUGAAAAGCGGUUCCUCUGGUUCUAAUACAUCUAGAGUAUCAAGUUCUCAUGCACAAAGAUCAAAUAGCCCUAGUAUGCACAAAAGUAUGAUGGUAAAAGAAAAACUUUCAAAAAAGAAAAAGUCUAAUAAUAAACAAAAAAAUAAUGAUUCAGAUACUGAUGAUCUAUAUAUACCGCCUGGUCAUCAUCGUAAAGAAAUAACCAAGAGUGGCAGUUUACACAAGAAAAAGAAAAUCAAAAAAGAAUUUUCCGAUGAUGACAGUGAUUCCUCUGAUUUUGGAAAAAACCAUAUAAAAAACUCAAGACAAUCAACUCCUGUUAGGACAACCAACAGUGGAUCAGUAACAAAAAAUAAAAAUACUAUUGGAACAUUUAAAACUAGGAAAAGAAGCACUUCAGAAACUAUUGUAACUCCAAUAGAUGAAACUCCUGUUGUAAAGACAAAGGAUCAAAUACCAAUUAAAACCUUUUACGAGUAUGUGGAUCCAUAUGUUCGUGAACUUAAACAAGAGGAUUUGGACUUUUUGUCAAGCAAGCCCAAUAAUCAAAAAUAUUAUAAAUUUCCAAGACUUGGUAAACAUUAUGAAGAAGUUUGGAAAGAAGAGAUGAAUGCUCUUAUGCCACAUCAACCAGUAAUGUCUUUAAUUGAUUAUGGAGACAACUUCAAUCAACAGGAAGGUCGUCAUUAUUUACAAACAAAUGGUCAGAAUGAUUUUGAUACACAGGAUUGUAAUGUGAAUGAUAGAGUUUUGAGAGAAUUAAAAGCAUUAGGUCUUGUUGAUGAUGAUGAUGUUAGUGCUCAAUGGAAUGGAAGGGAAGAUGAUGAAGAUGAUGAAAUAGGCAGAGAAUUACGUGAACUUCAAGCAAGAUUACAUGAGUUGGAAAGAAAAAAUGCAUACCGUAAAGCAGUUUUGAGAGGCAGAGUAAAAGACUUGAUGGGUUAUCAACAAUAUCUUCAUUUCGAAACAGAAGUUAAUAAUGAAAUUGAAGAAACUUAUUUAGCGCGUUUUCCUGAUAAACAAAGGGGAAUAAAAAGAGGCAGAAACGGUGCUAGAAAAACUAUUCCUGGUGAUGAUGAAGUUAGAAAACAGAUUGAAAGACGUAACGAAUUGUCAAAAUUGAUUGGUAGUAAGUGGAGUAAUCCUGAAAAAUUCAAAGUACCUACUGAAUCUAUCUUCAACGACGAAGAUAUGAAAAAUUUUGUAUAUGAGCCUGAUGAACCAACCGACGAUUUUUUUUGA